CCGUCGCCGCUGUACGACAACAACCACUACCACGAGGAGUGCCUGCGCUGCAACGCGUGCGGCCUCAACCUGACGGGCCCCAACCAGGCGCGCGCGCGCCGCUUCCGGAACGCCUUCUUCUGCGAGCUGCACUUCGCCGACGUGGCGCUCAUGGCCAGCGCAGACUUCAUGCAGCAGCUGCGCGCCUUCAAGCCGCAGUCGCUCGGCUGCGCCGUCGCGCGCAGAAAGUCCUCCACCACGCUCAUCUUCCCGCUGCCGCCGCAGGCCUGCUCCGGUAAUGGAAAGCUGAUGGAGUUUGAAGUUGUUAACCAAAAAGUUGAUGAACACGAGUUCUGCGAGGAGUUCCGCGCACAACCUCAUCCCGACGCCGGGCUACUGGAUCGAGUGCUCGCGGCAGAAGCUGGCCGGCCGCGACACCAAUCUGGGACGAGAGCGAGGAGAACUCGCGGCGGAGGAGGCGAGGAGAACGGAGGCCAGCGGCGGGGGCGGCAGCGGCGGCGGCGCGGCGCGGCGCGGGCGGCGCGGGCGGCGGCGCGGGCGCGGAGCGGCGGCGCGCGCAGGGCCAGGGCGCCAGAGGGCGGGCCCUCGCUCGCCGAGGAAGAGGAGGACGAGGACGAUGAGGAGGGCGGGGCGCCGCCGCGCGCCAAGACGGCCAUCGAGGAGCAGUGGGAGAAGCACGGCGCCUUCGAGCUGACGUCGGUGGAGCAGGAGACGUACGAGAAGUACUUCUACGGCGCCGAGCACUGGAACUACUUCACCUCGGACGAGGACCUCGGCCCCGUCGUGCUCUCCAUCCGCCAGGAGACGCUCAACGGCAGGGACCAGUUCAGGAUCCUGGUGAGGGCCAUCAGCUACACGGUGCACGGGCUCAUCCCUGCCUCCUGUGUCUUCGCCGACCGCUACAACCGCGAGGAGGUGGUGCGCUCUCUCGGCAAGGAGGUGAACAUCAACCCGCCCUUCACGCUGGGCCAACUGCCCGACACGCCCGAGGAGCUGCUCAAACUCGACCAGGUGUUCAUCAAGUCAGAGCUGAAGGUGGGCGUGAUCUACGUGCAGGAGGGCCAGUACACGGAGGAGGAGAUACUCGACAACAACGACCUCCAGCGGAAGCGGCACAUCGGCAACGACAUCGUGUGCGUGGUGUUCCUGGAGGCGGACAACACGAGCUUCUCGCCCGCGUGCAUCAAGUCGCACUUCCUGCACACCUUCAUCCUCGUGCGCACGUCGCCGCGCAUCAAGCGCCGCCCCACCAGAUACGAGGUGUCUGUGGUGACGAGGGACGAAGUCGGUGCGUAUAAGCCCUACCUGUGGGAGCAGAGCGUCUUCGACAAGGGACCCAUGUUCAGAGAAUGGCUGCUCACCAAGGUGGUGAACGGGGAGCGCGCCUCCUACUCCGCGCCCAAGUUCGCGCGCAUGCAGGAGCGGACGCGCUCGCAGAUGCUGGAGGACAUCGUGGCCAACCUGCAGAACCACGCGGAGACCGGCCAGAUCCCCAAGCCCUACAGGCCAGUACAUUAUAAAUACAUACGAAUACCGCGUGUCGUGGCGGCCCAAUCGGCCACAUUUGCGCCGAGCUCCCCGCUGCUGGACAGCGUGCGCGACCAGUUCGAGGACUACGACAUCGUGGCGGCGGACUUCGGGCGCUGCUUCACCAAAGCCGGCCGCUUCCGAGGACCCGCCGUGUGCAAACCAGCUGUUCGACGUCAGCCUUCCUCGUCGCCAGUCAAGAGCAAGGCGCGCUUCUGCGCGUCCGCGCCAUCCUCGGCGUGCGCGCCAGGUGCCGGUGGCGGAGCUGCUGGCGCGCGCCGUGCCGUCGCUGCACUCGCCGCAGAAGCCCAAGAGCUCCAACUUCCUGCAGGUGCCCGACAUCGAGAGCCCCAGCACGAGCCUAUUUGUGAGCGCGAGCGUGUUAGUGAGCGCGAGCGUGCUUUCGAGCGCGAGCGUGCUGGCGGGCGCGAGCGUGCUGGCGAUCGCGAGCGUGCUUUCGAGCGCGAGCGUGCUGGCGAGCGCGAACGAGCUGGCGAGCGCGAGCGUAUUGGUGAGUGCGAGUCUAUUAGUGAACGCGAGGGUUGUUAGCCGAAGAGCGUGCCGUCGUCGCCGAUGGUGAAGCGCGCCUUCUCGCGCCUUGGCACCAUCACCGCCGGCUGGGGCCGCUCCAUCCGCAAGCAGCACGCCGCGCUCUCCGCCGACGACAAGAAGAAGUGGGCCUCCUCGCAGGACUGCUCCAACAAGGAGUCGAAGGCGGGCGACGGCAAGGGCGGCAAGGGCUCCGGGGAGGGCGCGCCGCAGCUGGCCGUGCCGCGCCUCUCUGUCUGCGCCGACGCGCAGAAGGUGGACCGCACGAAGCUCGCGCAGUCGGAGGUGAGCGCAGACACCGCCCUUCCUUUCUCCACCGCCCUGCCUCCUCGCUACAUCAACUUGGAUUUAUGCAGAGCUGCCUCUGACUUCUCCAUCAUCGAGUUCGACCCGGACACGUUCCGCGUGCUGCUGGACUACCUGCACACGGGGUCGUGCGCGCUCACAUGCGCCAACAUCCCGGGCCUCAUCUGCGCCGCCGAGCACUAUGACCUGCCCGAGCUGCUGCAGGCCUGCUUCCACCACGCCAAGCAGUUCCUGCGCAUCGAAGUGUGCUGCAUGCUGUGCUCGCUGGAGAACUACUACUGGCGCUACACGUCGGCGUCGGAGCUCGUCAACAUGAUCCUGGCGUUCGUGGAGACGCGCGCGCACCAGCUGUUCGCCGCGCAGGACUUCCUGCAGCUGUCCGAGUCCAUGGUGCAGAUGGUCAUGUGCCGCCAGCUGGAGGUCCCAGAGGUGCGCAAGUUCGAGGCGAUGCUGGGAUGGGCGCGCCACCGCAUCCGCACCAAGACGUCCUCCAAAGUGGACGCGCGCCUCGAGUUCCGCUGCAUCAUGGAGCGGCUGGCGCGGGACCUCAAGCUGUACCGCAUCUCCCCGCAGGAGCUCAUCAAGGAUUGUACUGGUGGUGCUGCCCAGCAAGGCCAUCAAAGAACGAGGCGCAUCCUGGAGACGCUGAAUGUUCCAGCCAACUCAGGGAAUGUACCGCUGCACGGACGCCUACUGGAGGCCUGCCAGCGCCGCCUGCAGGCGCCGGACUCGCGCUUCUCUCGAGUGGGACUCGUUCGACUGGCGGGCUGUAGCGGCCGGCGGGGGCGGCGCCGGCGGGGCUCGGCGCCCCGGCUCGCCGCACCCGGCCCCGCCGGCCCCUCCGGCCCGCGCGACGGCUGCCGCGCAGGCCUGCCCCGCGCCGCCCCCGCCGCCCCGCCGCGCGCGCCGCCGCCCUCGCGGCCGAUCCGCGCACACGCGAGCGCGCGCUCGCAACGCUGGCGAUGA